CUCCAUUAGCCUUUAGAGUUUUUUCCUCGUUAACUCAGCGAUAGUGUUCUUACAAUUACCCGAUCGGGAUCUGGGUUAUUGCGGCAUCUUAUCUCGUCAAUGUGAGCUGCCGGACCUACGGCGCAGACAAUAGGUGCCUUUUUUUUUCUGCGGACGUGAGGGCAAAACGGUGACAGAAACGCACGUCUAGUAAAAGGCUGUCGUUCGGGAGAGCGGAGAUUUACACGCAGCCUAUUUUUUAAUAGACUCUGCGCCGACCAGAUAAGACAAUGCAUGACAGGGGCAGCACUUACUAAGAAAGAGGAAUCCGGUGGGAGGGGUGCUAAAGUAAAUCUGCACCGCCCAGGCGGCACAAAAAGUUUGGAAAGUCCUGACAUCGCUACAUCGCUGAGCUCAGCCACAUCCUCGCCUGUGGAUUAUCAAGCCUGCCUUAUUAAAGACACACACCCUACCUUAAAAACUGGAAUCGUCUGCUCUUCCGCUGCCACAGUCAUUGCUGCUCUGCUGCUAGACAAGGACACUUCAGCCGCUUCCCAAGCACCCUCACGCCCCAGAGACCCAGACUCACCUUCUACCAACACCUGAAACUUAAAGUUAACAGUCAUGGAAGGUCACUUGGCGCGGUUUGCCCUGCUUCUGUGCAUCACUGCUGCAGCCCCUGCCUCAAGUCAGACCUGUGAUCCAAAAAAGGUUAAUGACAGCCCAUGGUUCCACGUGAGAGAGAUGCUAAUUGGCUGCUGGACCAGCUUCGUCACAGAGGACAAGGCAGAGGUCCAUAUCCUUAACUUUGCCACCACGGAUGACAAGAUGUUCUCUCUCGAGAUGACCAAUGCCAAGCCCAUGAACCUUAUCCUCACAUCGCCAGACACAGUUUAUGGUCUAUACAACAUCAGCGCAGAUGUUAACAUUUAUUUGAACAAUAACUCCACAAUUGUCCUACACGGUAAUCAACAUCACAACAAUGUCCACAAGCAAGACUUCCCCACUCAAGAUGAGGAGCUAGUCAAGUGGGCAAGACAGACGUUUGGUGGUGUGACUUCAUUCACCACAGUCCGAAAUCUGAGAGCAAUCUCAUCCACAGGAACAACAGGAACCAAGCCUGGCUCUCGCAACUGCAUACUUAAAAAUGAAGAUGCAACAGAGAAGCACUUUAUGAAGAUAGAAAAAAUCCCUUUGGCGUCUUCGUUCACAUCUUGCUCCCCGCAGCAGCAGAACCCUGGUGAUGAAGCUGAGCUUCACAUCAUAAACAUCCCAGAGAAUGCCAGCAUUUGCAAUGUAUCACUUCGCGUGGACACAAAGAAGAUCAGGGUGUUCCUGAGAGGUCCUCAGGGCACCACAUGGAUUGUCCUCAAUCCGCAAUACACCCAGUUUGGUUCUAACAAUGACAUCCUGCUGCCCACCAUCACACACAGAAUCCCGCCUUCAUAUACACUGACCAGUGACAAUGCAGACGAUGUGCAAAGGAAGGCUUUGGAUAUUUUUAAAGUCAGUACUUUUACCAGCUAUACUGAACUCAGACCAGCGGACUCUACAAUUUUACUGGUCCUUGUAAAAAAUGACCCUUCAGCUACAGAAAUAGUACCAGACCCAGUCAUUACCAUUACAACUAAUGCCCCUCAUCAGAUGCCUCUGUUGAUGCAGCUGUACACCUCCCCAGACUACCGUUCUCCCUUGGACCCUAACACCAAAGUACAGAGUGACAAGAGAAUUUAUGCAGAGAUUUCAGGGCACACUUUAGGGGAUAUUGUCUUGACCAUCAAGGUGAUCAGCUGCUUUGUGCGCUCCAAGGGCUCGUGCCCCGUAGUGAAAGAGCUGCCCUUCAUUCUAGAGGCCUGCUCCUCAAAUUCUUGCUCCAACAGCACCCGACUCAGCUUCUCCUUAGACCAGCUCCAAGAGCUGACGACCACCACAUGGGACCUGGAAUGCUCUGUCAAACUCUGCUACAGUGAGAAAUGUGGAGAUGGAGGAAGAGUGAAGAGGAAUCUGGAGGUUACCCAGCCGUGUCUGAAACCACCAACCCCACAAUGCUUUGACUUUGGCCUACGUGGUGUUCUGGGCAUUGCAUUUGGAGGGUUCCUGAUUGGAGUAUUACUAAUUGGAGCACUGUGGUUUAUCAAAAUUAAAACAGGAUACCCAACUGGACUGGACAUGAGUUCAACUGCUGCAAAUCUUCCCGGAUGUCCCUGCUCAGGAGCAAAACGACAACCAGUUUCUACCAACCCGUCCCCCUCUGAGAACAGCAGUGCCAACGCUAGCAUUGGAAGCACCCAAAGCACACCAACCAGCAGCAUGGCAUGAGAUUACUGUAAUCUCCACCACCAGCAGGGCCACCAACUCCCUUCAAAGUCACCUAUAUGGGUUUUGUGCUUUUGUUUUCUUUAAUAAUGCUUAAAAAGCAUUUUCUCCCCUCCCUGUCCCCUUUAACUUCUGAUUAAAGAAGCACAACCCACGUCUUUGACACACCAAGCCUGAAAUGGAUGUGAUCUGGGAGUUUGUAAUGGUGGGUGGGAGGCGGGGGGCCUGGGUGACGGAUAACAGAAGUCUAAUCAAUGGCUUCUGAUGCUUACCUUUGUAGCCCCUCUGUAAAGUCAAGCUCCUAGACAGGAAGUUAGAGGGAAAGAGAAAAAAAAAUAAAUUGGCUCCCAGCAACAGGAAAAACAAACCAUAUCCCCCAAGAGCUAACAGGAAAUUCACUAAAUUCCUUUCAAUGAACUGUGCUUGUGUGGUGGCAGCACAAUAAUAGUCAGUCAGGACACAAACCAGUCAAAAGAUUAACUUUGAAGAACAGAUGAAAAGCUGUUUUGCAUUCACAUCUAAGCUACAAAAAUACGAAGGGCUUUUGGCUAGGUCAUUCCAAAAAGUUAUCAACAACACCUCGGGGACUGAAAAGCUCAACAUGUAAGGAUCUCAAACCAGUCAAUGAAAUGCUCACUUCAAGGGGUAUUUGUCUUAAUUGGAGUUCGAGGUCAAUGGUUAACAGCUACCUCCUAUUAUUUAGAAGUCUGGAGCUAAGUUUAAACUUAACACUAGAUUUCUCUGGUGAAUUAAUCUUACUUUCUGCCUUUUUCAUUUCUUAUUAUUCUGUGUCACUUUAGGUGAAUCUUAUAGCUGACCCACUGGGUCAUUUGUAGCUCACGAAACAAUGUUAUGGUGCCAUUUUCGUGCUAUCGAAUCGGUGUAAUCAGUGUAAAUUGUGAACCAUUAAGAAAAGGGCUUUUAUUUAUGUGAGCUCAGAAAUAAUCACUCUUGUAACAUACAGUACCGCAUGCAGAGAUGUACGGCUGUAUUCAGAGCUGGGUAAUGUCUGCGCAUCAGUUUUCAGGACUCACAGUCCUAUAUGGAUUCCUGCAGCUGCGCCCACAGGGUGGAGUUUCCCUAAAAUAGUCUGUCUGGACGUGGUAUUCAAGUACUUUUCCUUUGCACGGUAACUAUUCUCAUCAGAAUUCAUAACAAGUCCAUCACCACUGCCUGAAAAUUUGUUGCCACUAUAAAAUUCAUGCCUGUGUCAACAUACACGAAAACCUACUCACAAAGAGACCUUCAUGUAUUGCACUUGAGUGUUUUCAGGCCGAUUUAAUUAUCAUCUCGUGCACUAAAAUGCAGCUGUUCAUGGUGUAUAAACCAAUACUCUUCCCUUAUUUUAAGAUCAAGACUUGACAUUAAGCAUGUAUAGACUGUACAACCUGCUUGUUUAUGUUCAGUGUCUUUUCAUUCAGUAGCCAGCCACUAAUGUUUUGCUCUGUCUUGCGAUUGGAGAUGAGAGCAAAGAAGGGAAAGAAUUUUUAGACCUCUAAUGGAUGUUAUGGAUCACCAGCCCAUUCAGAGCUUUUUGCUUUGACAAACAAGCCAUUCUGGCUACAGGUUGCAAUCUCGAUGUGACUGGACUCAUAGAGAAGUACAGGUACAAACAGCAGGCUGUUAUAUUCUAUAAUGAAUUAGAUAUUUAAUUAGUAUUAUAUCAUAUGCAGAAGGAAGUGGAAUCUGUGCAAUUUAAGGUAAAUAUUUGUCUUAAAUGAAUAAGCUUGGUAUAUUGACAAACCUCAGUCCCUAAAAUCUGAACCCAGAUGAAACCUGGCAAAUGGUGAGUGAGUUUAAACUCACCCCACUUUUCUCUAACCUUUAAACGUUAACAACACAUAUAAGUCACCAGCUCUGAAUACAGCUCAUUCGGAUUCAAUAGUAUAAUCACUAGUAACAAUAGUAUAAUAACACAUUUUGUAUGUUCUGUUUGCAACAAUACAUUAAUCAGUAAGUUGUACUUUAACCCCAUGAAGACUACUCUAAAAAUUCUAAUCUAAUCAGCUGUCACAGCACUUUUGUAAUGAUAUGGAAAUUGUCAUUUGAGAGAGACGAGUUUGGAGGUAAAAUUAUUAACCUCUGCUUACCACACGUGAGAGGCUGCAUCAGCUGCUGCAGUGCUAAUGCUAGACAGGAGCUGCACAGAUGCAUGACAGAGACUCCCACGAGGGGUACAACUGUAGAACGACGGCUGAUCUGUGAACCCACUAUUUGUUUCAGUGUACAAAUGUAAAUGUAUUUUAUAUUUUUAUCGCCCCUGUUUUACCUCUCAAACAAUACUCCCAUCACACGUCAAGUCUUGUAGGUAACCAGGCAACCUUUCAAAAAAAAUCCGGUUGUAUCUACAGGACAUAGCCUUGACAAAAGCACCAAAAUUGUCAUGUUAAAACUUCACCAUUCAUAUACAUUUGAUACACUGAAUUUACUGUUACUGAUGCCUAUACACAUUCCAAAUAGUUACUCACCUUCUUAUUGGAUUGUUAAAAUAAUUUAUUCACCUUCAAACCUAAUCUCAAAAAUGCUGAGUGUUUUCCAAACCAACAACAUUUGUAAAAUGUCUCUUCAUUGUAUGUGUUCGAGCUAUGUAGCUUACCCCCCCUUACUCUCUCGCUCAGCGUGUGCGUGCAUUUACGUUUAACUUUGCAUGCCUGAUUUUCUUUGUGUGUUUGUGCAGAGACAGAACAAAGAGGGCCAGUACAAAUUGCCACUUGAGUAUUUGUGCAAUAUGAUGAGAUUAACUUGUAUGUAAUGUCUAUAUGUAGUUUUUUUUUUUUUUUUUUAACUGUGUUUUCUUUUAGGUGUUGUAUGAAAUUCUUACUUUGAACCAUUUUCGUAACCUGCUUCAUUCUUUUAUGUAUUUGAAGAACUGGGACAAUUUCUAAUCAAGGCACUUAUCAAAUGCACAAGAUUUGUUCUGUAUUGUAAUCUUUCUUUCUCAUUCUCAUGGGGUCCAAAAGUCUGAGACCACACUGUAGUCACGGACAGCGCGUGUCACGUUUCAUGUCACAGACAGUACGUUUGGUUUGAUGGCUCUACCCCUGUUUGACUUUUUGCCCUGACCGUAAGAUUCCCAAAAACACGGCGUAUCUCUGCUGAUACUGACAUCCUGACAUUGUAUUGUGUUCAUUGAACUGUCUUCGGUGGGUGUGAUGGGGAAGUGCGUUCUGAAUUCUGAAAGACAGAACGUCUCACCACAAAGUAGCAUCCCAGUUGAUUAUGGAACACUGGCAGUUUUUCGAGUUUUAAUUUUAGAAAAUAGCUGCAAUAUUAGACGUAUUCUUCUUCUUCUUUUUUUUUUUUCUUUUUUCAAAAGUCAGGGUUCAGGUAUACCCGUGUUAAACCAGUCCCAGUGUCUCACACUGACAGUAAAAUCACAAAGGCUGUCAGUUAUUUCACUUGUUAGCCCUGCAGAUCCCUUCCUUACCUCUGACCACAGCUUCCUCCUCCUCUGACACUCUACGCAAUUAACCAAAUAUGUGCGUGCAUAUACAUAGUAUAUGUACCGGAUUUCUGUGUGUGUGUGUGUGUGUGUGUGCGCGUGUGUACGUGAGUGCGUGUGUUUGUGCAUUUGCGUGUAGGUGUACAAUGGAAACUAUGCCUACGUUAAUGGAUUCUUCCUCCAGUCUUUUAACAAUGUCCAAGUUCUGAAUUCUUACCAAAAAAUCUGAAGCCUGAACAACACGUCAGAAUGUCUGCUUUGAUUUUAUAAAGUAUAAAAUGCAGUGUUAUUUUUGUGCUAGAGUGGGCAGCCUUUUACCAUUUAAAAUGGGUCCAUUUGUUGAGAUACUAUUCAACUGAUGUCAUGUAUUUUUAUAUUGUCUCUGAAGAAAUAUUUCUUUUGUCUGGAAUUAUCUUAAUAAAGUGAAUAUGAC